CUGUCACUCUGUGAGCCGAGCCCCUGACGGUUGGGUGAACAGGACUAACAGUCUUCACGAUGGGGAAUCUUAACUGCUGUUGUACGGAAAUCUGUGGGGAGUGUCUCCCUGAGGAUGUGGAGUUGCCCCCACCCACGCCAACCCCUCCACGACGACGACACCACCGCCGCCGCAAGAAGAGAGUCCGGUUCUCCCUCCAUGAUGAAGUCUGUACCUUCGAGGACACCGAGGAAGACCCUGUGGAGAACCAGUCCAAGGAACUUCCUAGGGGCUGGACAAAGGAAGGUCCCCCAACUCUCCCUGAGGUAGACGCUGGGAGCAAGGACAGCUCUCUCCACGAUGACCUGAUGGAAGAGCUACUACCCACUUUGAGGGCCGAGGAGGAAACUCUGACUCUCCCUCAGGAGGCGGCGACUGGAUAUAUCCCGUAUGCAUAUUCCCCCAUCAUUCCCUUUAGGGGGACAGAUCUAACUCAACAAGGUAGGGCUUUCUCUCCUCCUUUGGUCUGGAGAGCUUCCCCCCUUCUGAGUUCCUCCCAGGAAUGGAGGCUGGGGCGGACUGAACAAACAGAGUGUCCUGCAGAAAACCAGGACCCUGUGCUACAGUCCCUGCAAACCAGUAGGUCAUUCGGGCGGUGUGCUUGGCGCUUCGGAGGGUUGGGGCUCGUUUUUGCGUGGGUCGAUGUGACGGGAUCGGGAAUGUGGGUGUGUGGACUGCGUGCUUUUCGCCAGAAGACAUCUCCCACUGAAUGGACUUGAGGGCACGGGUCAAAGUUUCAAAGCCAAACCUCCUUCAUCCCCACUGCACACACCCUGCUAGGGCACCACAUUCCUCGCUGACCCCAGCUCCACCUGGAGGGUUGCUCAGGAUUCCGUCUCCUCAGACAGGGAUGGGGAGAAAGGAAGGGGCCCACAUCUGUCCUAGCUCGGGACAUUUCUCAGACAGGGUCAAAACACAAAGGAAUCAGAAGCUACUUUAGUCGACCCAAACAUCACCACCAGCCUUACAAAAAUGCUCCGAUCUUGAAUGCACAUAGAGGGAAGGUUCACUGGCAAAUGGCAAUGGCCAGGAAAGCUUCAACAUUAGCUCGGGGCCCGAUCCGACUUCCUGACAAUCUGCUACAUGGCCAGGUUAGAGAGUGCCCUUCUCUCGCCUGGCCUCCGCUCUCUCGUGAACUUGCCGGGUCCUGACUGGGGGAGCUGGGUCCUGGGAAACUGGGUCCCUCAGACUCCAAGGACACACCCACAUGCCACAGGAAAGGAAGACGGGGAAGAAUCAGCACUUUGUGGAUGGGGACUCUGUUGGAAUGGUCAGAUGUCAGUACGUAGAAAUCCUGGGUCUUUGGUUUUCCUGACCCUGCAUGACUCAGGGACAAAUAGAAACCUCUAGGGUACUUGUGCUUGCAUUGAAUGCAACCCUGCCACACAGUGUCCUUCUGCAGAAAUACAAUCUCCUAGAAGAGGCGAGAGGUAGGUGGGAGCAGCCAAGAAACGGUCUUGACCAUGACCAUGACACAGUCGCUGGUUGGAGGAACUUGCCUGUCAGUACGGAACGUGUCUCUUAGUGUUUACCCUUUUUACUUGAAGAGGUCACCCUGAUUCCACUCCCUGUAGCUGGAGUUCAGAGUCAAUAUUUCUCCCUCCGUUCCUGCUCCUUGCCCUGACCUCUCUCGAUGCAGCAGCAGCUUGCUCAGUCCAUACCCACACCAUACACUCCCGGUCACGCCCAACCCAUGUGAAACUCCCUGAGCUCUUCCUGCCGAGCCCCACCAGUGGACUGACCAUUCUGUGGAUCUCUCUCUAGCUUGGCUGGAUGGACAGGCGGGUGAACGUUCAACAGGAAAGAAUGAGGAAGACGCCCCGUUUUACACCAGAGUGGUGUCCCUGCUGGAAGAGGACGGCAAUCCCCUGGCUAGCCAGUACGAUGACCUUGACGUGGACAGCACAGAGGGAGAGGUCCCAUUGUUCACCAAGGUGGUAAGUUAGCCUUUCUUCAGGUGAGGUACAGCAUCCCUUGUUUCUCUGAUACUCGCAGUCAGAUCCGAACACUUCAGCACGUACAAUGUCCUUGGUGAAGAGAUUCUUGAGGGAGCGACUCUUAGCCAGGGAGACCCCGUUCCAACGACCCUGCAGGAAACAGCAGGUUCGGUUACAGUCCACAGGGUCGUGAGCUUUUUCACGGGUGCUACUGACACCGCCGUGCCACCCAAUGGACCCAGGGCAUUUGACCUCUAGGUGGAUUCCACAUCACUGCCCAUGACCCUGCCCAUCACCAAGAGAACAAAAGAGCUGUGCACACAGGACGAGGCAUGACUUGAUGUUCACCAUGUUUUCUUUUCUGAAAUCGCAGGUGGCCCGGCUGGAAAAGAAGAGUGGUAAGUAUGCUGUCCUCUAGAGUCACUCAUUGCUUUGGAGCUACCUGGACAAUGAAUGGGCAAGGUGGGGCUUCCUUGCAGGCUCCAUCUUGAGAGCCACCCAGAAUCCAGAUCCUGUUGCAAUAAGACUAAGAGUUAUGUUCUGGACCGAGACCCGAGGCCUUGUGACCCUAACCCCAGAAGCUACCAUGCUGCUCUUAGGUGCUGUAGGAUCGGGUGCUGGGCACGAGGUCUGUUUCCAUGGGAAUUCAUGCGCUGUGAUUCACAGGGUUGGUGUGUGUGUGUCAGGUGGGUAAAUGCUGUGCUCUCAAACGUGUCUGGUCCCCUCAAAAUGGCGAUUAAUGGUGUCCACAUUCUCAGGGAGAUUUCCCAUCACUGUCACGUCAUGAAUGUCCAUUCAUGGGAAAACUCUUCAACACCUACAACUGAAAGAGGUGUUCUUUCCUUGCAAGUACACAUCAAUUCCCCCGGAAAACAAACCCCGUCGCUAACUAGGAAGGGCGAGACUGUGCCCCAAAGACACAAGUGUGUCCUUGUUACUGAGUCAGUGUCCAUGGGGCUCUCCCGCCAAGGUAGGUCUCGGGCAUGAAUGGUCACAGCACCUCACUCUUGACACUGCACUCACACACACACACAUCUCUGCAUCAAGGCCCCACGAUGCGUCUUCCCAACCUCAUUGGAAGCACUGAGUGCUGCGACACACUUCCUCCCUUCUACAGGCGGCUUCCGGGGCAGCCGUGUGCAACAGCCCGUUCGGGGAGUACCCGCACAAAGGGGCAGUGGCCAGGGAACAGAUGGGGCCAAUUCUCUCCAUUUCUCCAUGGAGAUCUACCAUUUCCCUGCAGAUACUGUGUCUGAGAAUGCAACUGGCCUUCUCUCAGGGAAAUCCCACACCCGCCACUGGUCUUUGCUGGGGCUCUUGGAGGUGGGCCCAAAAGGUGUCCUAUCCCAGGGGGAAUGAGGUCUUCUUCAGGGACUGAGCAUCACUGGGGGCACCUGGGCCCCCUCCAUGUAGGAACAAAGGGUGCUCUGUGCAUCACAACGUGGCCAAUGAGAACCUCAAACCUCAACAGGGGUGACAGGACAAUCACCACCCAUUUCGCUGGCCAUCUGUCCAUGCAAGAGGGCCUUGUUAGAUUCGGAAGGUUUGGGCCAAUAGACAACUCAAGGAAGUUCAGUGCCU